AUGUUCGAUAUCACUAAGAUUGCACGUCCCAACAUCCUCAAGCUAGAGCCCUACCGCUGUGCACGAGACGAUUACAAGGUCGGUAUUCUUCUGGACGCCAACGAGAAUACUCAUGGACCCUCUGUGCCGGACCUGACCGACAACGAGACCGCUUUGGAAUUGAACAGAUAUCCCGACCCACAUCAAGAGCAGCUGAAGCAGCAGAUAUGCGACUUCAGAAACUCUGAGGCUUCGUUGAGUUCAGCCUCUGUGAAAAUUCCUACGGUUGCUGGCCAGAAAGUGCCUCUGAAUGUGUCGAAUCUGUGUCUUGGUGUCGGCUCUGACGAAUCCAUCGAUGCUCUUAUCAGAUGCAUAGUUGCGCCGGGAAAAGAAAAAAUGUUGAUAUGUCCGCCAACCUACGGAAUGUACAGUAUAUGUGCGGUUGUCAACGAUGUUGAGAUUGUUAAGGUGCCUUUGGAUCUGGAAACCUUUCAAAUUCAGCCAGAUCUCAUUUUGGACCAGCUAGAGAAAGAUCUCUCGAUCAAACUGGUCUACAUCACGUCUCCAGGCAACCCGACCGCUGUCCAGAUAAAACCGGUGCUACUCGAGGAACUGCUUAAUAAGGUGCAACAAUCCACAUGGAAUGGAUUGAUCGUGGUGGACGAAGCUUACGUCGACUUCUGCGAAGUUGGCAGCUCUGUAUCUGUUCUCGUCAACAAAUUCCCUAAUCUUGUUGUCCUUCAGACUCUGUCCAAGGCUUUUGGGCUGGCUGGUAUACGUCUGGGUAUUUGUUUCUCGACUCCUGAGGUUUCUCGGCUGCUCAACUCUAUGAAGUACCCAUACAACAUCAGCAAUCUGACAAGCUCCGUUGCUUUGAGAGCAACUUCGAAAGACGCUCUUGUCAAAAUGCGACAAAGAGUUGACCUUAUCAAAGAGCAAAGACAGAUUGUUGUCGACGAGCUUGCCAAGCUACCUGGCGUGGGAAGAAAUAUUGGAGGCUUGGACUCCAACUUCGUUCUCAUGGAAAUUCUCAAUAAAGAGGGCGAGCCAGAUAACGAGAUAGCGAACAAAGUCUACCUCACGCUUGCCGAGCAAAGAAACGUGGUGGUGAGAUUUAGAGGCAAGGAGCUGGGCUGCAAGGGCUGUUUAAGAAUCACCAUUGGAACGAAAGAAGAAAACGAAACCCUGAUCACCCAAUUGAAGGAGGUGUUGCAAGAAGUUAGAAAAUAA